AUGUUUUUCCUUUGUGGUUUUGCAAAAGUUUAUCAUCCUUCGAGUUGCUUGGUUGAUGAAAAAGUAGAGGUAGAAGUGAAAAACUUGCCUGCCGAUUCUAAAUUCACUCCUCUAGAUCACUCUGAAGAUGGAGACGAUUGGGAAGCGUUCGGCCACUACACCAGCGACUCCUCAGGGAGGUACACUGCUUCAGUUUCCAGAGAUGAAAGUCUUGGCGGGACAUUUGAGGGGGUUGAAGCCAUGGGUGUGCUUUGGAGUAUGAGACCUGUUCCUGAAUGUAAACCAGGUCGCCGAUUGCGGAAGAACAAUGUCCAGACACCUAUCAAAGUGGUGUUUUCCGUGCAUGAAGGACACCUUGCUAAGGGCUUCAAGCAUCACACACCCCUCACAUCAGCUACUGCUGAAUGCUGGUAUUUGGCCCCUGAAGUCCAGAGCGUUGAAGUGACAGAGGGUGAGAUAAAGGGGACACUGUUCAUUCCCUCAGGCCCCUUUCCUGCCGUGCUGGACCUCUGGGGAGGGCAGGGGGGUCGUGUUGAGUAUCGCUCAGCGCUCCUGGCGUCCCACGACUAUGUCUCGCUGGUCCAGGAAUACAUCGGGAUCCUGAAUGCUGCAGGAAAACUCCAUCACAUGGACAACACCUACUUUGAGCUCAUCAAAUCUGCGUUCACAUUUCUACAAAAACACCCCAAAGUGCGUCCUGACAGAGUGGCAGUGAUGGGGAUGUCAUUCGGUGUCUCUGUAACGCUGGGUUUGACAGCAUACUCAGAAAUUGUAAAGACCUGCAAUGUAUUUUUCUGUCCUUGUGGUUGUGUGGUUUGUGUGAGUGGGAGGCACAUCAUGCCGCUCAAAGGAUCUUUGGCGGAGGUCUAUGCAGCACUGCAAUAGAAUGUAGACAAAACCCGUUAUGAUGAAAAGAUGAGAAUAAUUUGGCGGGAUCUGUUGCUGCCAAUACCAAAUGACCCUUCCAAGAAAGUUAAGAUGGGUGAAAUCAAAUGCCCUUUAUUAUUAAUUGCUGGUGAGGACGAUCAAAACUGGCCAGCUUCAGAAUCUGCAGUGGAUAUGAAGAAGAGGAUGGAAAAGGCCGGGAACAGUGACCUCCUAACGGUUCUCUCGUAUCCUGGAACGGGUCUCCUUAUUGAGCCGCCCUACAGCCCUCACGUCCGAUUCAGUGAUUUCAAGUUACUGGAGGCAAAGACCAAAGAGAUGCUCCUCAAGAAAAGCCAGAGUUUUCUGCCAGGACUCCUCCUGAGCUCGACUGUGAGGAACCGUCUCUCCUCCCCAAAGCACCGCCACUACAGUACAAAGCAAUGUCAUUUCAACCUCCUGAAAUACAACGCACAUAUGCCAACAACAGCACAUUCUUCUAUCCGUCUGUGUAUAUGA